AUGGAGGUGGACAUCAAUGGCUGGAAUGGCUUGAUGGUGGCUUGCUGCAAAGGUUUCGUUGACAUUGUAUAUGGGCUUCACAGCUGUCCUUUUAUAGACAUAAACCACCAGGACAAUGAAGGCAACACCGCACUGAUGAUCGCAUCCCAAGCAGGUCAUAUCAACACAGUCAUGUAUCUCCUAAACUACUAUCCUGGUGUAGACACUGAAGUAAAGGACUGUCGUGGUUUCACAGCCCUCAUCAAAGCUGCUAUGACCGGUCGCAGUGAUGUGAUGGCUGCCCUUCUUAUGGCUGGGGCUGACCUCAAUGCAGUAGAUUCCACAAAAGGAAAAGGUGCUCAGGACUGGGCUCUGAAAACAGGUCGUUAUGAGACCCUGCAACGUCUCCGCCGCCUUAAAAUGCGGCCAAAAGCUGAGCAGUUCUGUGAAAGUUACAUCCCUGAGUGGCCUGAGCUCAAGGAGCUGGUAGCCAAGGCCAUGGCUGAGAAAAGUCCCAGGGAAAAAAUUACCCAGCGGAUCAAAACCACAUUCGCAUUCAGAUUUCCUCGUGACCCCCAGGACAAUGGGGUCUUGGACCACAUGGUGCGCAUCACCACCAGCGUCCACAGUCCCCUCAUUACAACUGGAUGCCGUCCACUCUGCCCUACGAGCCCUCCAGAGGUGGGGAAGAGGCGCCUGGCUGUGCCAGAGCUGGUGAAGAAACACCCAGAGAAGGAAUUAGAAGAAUAUUCGGUGUGCCACAGCAACGGCUCGAUAUCACACAUCGUCCCCUCAAUCCACUCUGCAGAGUCCAUCGCUACGACGUGCUGUGCUGAAACUGAGCGGAGAGGAAGCAUCCUGUCAUUGGCCUCUACCAAAGUUGCUGCUAAAUUUAUUCCCCGCAGUAUGGCGAGAAGGAACAGUGUGUUCCCUUCUGGCUGCAUCCCCAAGAUCAGCAUCAACAGGCCUUCAGAGGCGACGCCAAAGAAAGAAAAGAAGAAGAAGAAGAAGGAUAAGGGCUUCCUGGAACCACCCAAGUGGAAGUACAAGGAGAUCAGGGAGGAGAAGAAGAAGGAGAAGGAGAGAGUGGAGAAGGACAAGUCAGAGAAAGAGAAAAAGGAGAAGAGAAAAGAAAAAGAGAACAAGAAGACCAAAAAAUAA